GGAUUGUCAGCAGGCUGAUAUAAAAUAUUUAUCUGAGUGGAAGCAGUGGAAGAGAACUAGCAGUAAAUCAUUGAAAAAAGUUCUCAAUGAAGUCAAGGAGUUGUCAUCUUACCUGGAGCUUUGGCGACAUGAUAUUCACAGCAUAGAAGGGAAAUUUGGUACUGGCAUCCAGUCCUACUUCUCCUUCCUGCGUUUUCUGGUCCUGCUGAGUUUUAUAAUUUUUAUCCUGAUGUUCAGUUUUGUUACCCUUCCCAGCAUCAUUUCUAAAUAUGGAAUAUUCAACAGUAGUUUUGCUAAAAUUCCUCCAAAGAACGUAGAGCUUCACUGCACAAUUUAUAAACCUAGUGGUAAUAAGGGACUGACUUACUUCUACACUUACCUCAAAGAUUUGCUCAGUGGCACUGGGUUCCUUGAAGUGACGAGUUUGUUUUAUGGCUAUUACACGAUAGAUGCUGCAUGGCUCAGUAUCCUGAGGUACAACUUGCCACUAGCAUAUCUGCUGGCUACAUUUGCCUACCUGGCAUUAAGUCUCCUUUGGAUAAUAAAAAGGUCUGUGGAAGGUUUUAAGCAGAACUUGGUGCAUGGUGAAGAUCAAUUUCAGAGUUACUGUAACAAAGUCUUUGCAGGCUGGGACUUCUGCAUUACAGAUCCAAAUGCAGCACGGCUAAAACAUCGCAGCUUGCAAUAUGAGCUCCAAACGGACUUGGAGGAAGAAAGACUGAAGCGAAAAAUAGCUGAGAGGACAAUGAAAGAAAAGCUACGCAUCUACUCUCUGAGAAUAUUUAUAAAUAUAAUUGCCAUUGCAGUUUUGUCAGGAUGUUUUUACUCUAUUUAUAGAGCAACUGUGUUCUCUCAGGAAAACUCCAAUGACAUCAGCAAUAUGAACUUCCAGGCUAAUCUCUUAGUGCAGUAUUUGCCUUCCAUGGUGAUCACAUUGGCCAACUUCAUUGCUCCUCAAAUCUUCUCAUUUCUGAUCAGAUUUGAAGAUUAUUCACCAGCCUUUGAAAUCAGGCUGACACUCAUGAGGUGUAUCUUCGUGCGGUUGGCCAAUAUCGGUGUUCUUUUGUUCUCGCUGUGGAGUCAGAUCUCCUACUGUGCCACUGACGAGUGUAAGGCCUGUGGAUACAAUUACAAACUCUAUCCUUGCUGGGAAACUGAAGUUGGGCAGGAAAUGUAUAAGCUCAUGAUAUUUGAUUUUAUUAUAAUUCUUGCUGUGACCUUGUUUGUGGACUUUCCUAGAAAGUUGUUAGUUACUCAUUGCUCUUGCAAGCCAGUUCAGUGGUGUGGAUUGCAGGAGUUUGGAAUUUCUGACAAUGUCCUAGAAAUCAUUUAUGGGCAGACUAUCUGCUGGAUUGGAACCUUCUUUUCACCACUUCUCCCUGCAAUAGCAACUAUAAAAUACUUCAUCAUCUUUUACAUUAAAAAGAUCAGUUUGAUGCACACAUGUAAACCUGCAGCUAGACCUGUCAGAGCAUCAAGUUCCAAUUUUUUCUUCCUGGUGGUGCUGUUGAUCGGGCUCGUCUUGGCUUUUAUUCCUUUGGGAAUCAGCAUAGCACAUAUCCCCUCCUCCAAGGCAUGCGGGCCGUUCAGGAGUUUCAACACUUCAUGGGCAGUUGUUCCAGAUACAAUACUUGAGCUUCCAACAGGUCUGCAGCAGGUCCUUUAUGGCAUAGCAUCAGAAGCCUUUGCAGUGCCUUUUUUUAUGGUCAUUUGCCUCAUUAUGUUCUAUUUUAUUGCCUUGGCUGGAGCACACAAACGAGUGGUUGAGCAGCUGAGGGAACAACUGGUUAUGGAGAGUCGUGACAAGCUGUUCCUAAUCAGAAAGAUAACAGAAGCUCAGAGGCAUCCUUGA